GAAAAAAUAUAUCUCAUGAAAGCAGCCAAUGUUGAGAAUAAUUGUGCGGAGAUGAAUAUACAGGUAUGUGUAAGAAUGAAUUUGGAAGUUUACAUAUGUGCUUAAAGGGAUAGUUUACCCAAAAGAAAAAAAAAUCUGUCUUUACUUACUCACUAUCAUGUUGUUCCAAACCCACAAGACUUUUGUUCAUCUUCGAAAAAGUAAUGAAGUUAUUUUUAAUAAAAUCUGAGUGAUUUCUGUCUCCAUUGAAGUCUAUCUCCCUGAAACUCUGAAUAAGGAUUAUCCAAGAUAUUAUUACGUUUAAUGCAUUUUUGUUGUUUUUCUUAAUGUGAAUCCUUUUAGGGCGAGGCUACCUAUUUGGAAAAUCAAAUAAAGGCUUCAUUUAAGCAUCUUCACCAACUUUUGGAUGAUGAAGAAAAAGACAUGCUUAAUGAACUAAAACUGGAGAAGGAGAAAAAACUGGAAAAUCUGAAAGAUAAAAUUGAGAAGAUCGAUGAAGAAAUCGGCAUGCUCACAACCAUUAUUAAAGACUUGAAAAAGGAGUUUGAUAGUGGGGACAUCAGAAUAAUUCAGACCUUCAAGGACACGUUGGUGAGAGCUGAGUGCAAAUUUCAGGAUCCAGAGAUGACUGCGGGUGAUCUUAUUGACUCUGUCAAGUAUUUGGGCAACUUUAAGCUCAAUGUUUGGAGGAAAGUCAGACGAUCUAUCAGUUACAGUCCUGUGGUUCUGGACCCUAACACAGCCCACAUUUACCUCAUAGUAUCUGAUAAUCUGACACAUGUGUGGAAUGAAUUUGAGAUAACUGGCCCGAUUCCUGAUAACCUGGAGAGAUUUGAUCGUUAUCCCUGUGUGCUGAGCUCUGUAGGCUUUUCCACAGGGGAUGUUGAGGUGGAACACAACUCAUCCUGGAUGGUAGGUGUCGCCACAGAGUCUGUCCAAAGAAAAGGAACCAACUGCUUGUCCAGUGGAGUCUGGUGUAUCGGACUUAAAGAUGAAAUUCUCAGUGUCACAGAUCCUCUGGAGUCACACGUCCCACUACUUGGAUUUGAGAAACCAGCUGCAGUGAGGGUGAAGCUGGACUUGAGUGCAGGACGGCUGUCAUUCUCAGAUCUUCUGUGUGAGACUGUCUAUCACACUUUCACACACAAUUUCACUGAGACCGUCUUUCCAUUCUUCUUCACAGAUUGCCAGUACCUUCUCACUAUUUUGCCUGGGGUCAAGCCUGAAGAGAUCUGAAG